CAGCAGCAGGCAGGCCGGGCUCCGCGGAACCAGCCCGGCCACCUCUUUCGUUUCAACCGGUGUUCGGACGCGGCCGACAUGUCGACGCGCGACUCCUCCAGCUUCUUUUGUCUUUCUUGCCAACUUUGAGCAUUUAUUUAUUUAUUUAUUUUUUAAUUGUUACACGCCGAAUGAAUCAGCCGUUUUCCCGCUUCCGGGCUCGAACUGCGACCGUUUCGGUGGUGAUGCGUCUUCUUCCCGUUGGCACUCACACCGCUUUGGAUUCCCUCUGGUGGGUCUGUUGUUUGUCAGAAUGGCGCGUUUCGCCGACGAGCUCCCCGGCCGCUAUGGAGGGAGUGCCGGCGGCGCGGGAGGAGGAGGCGGAGGCGGCGGGCGAGGAGCACCGGGCGCCGGGAGAGGCGGCGGCGGCGGUGGCGCCCGGGGUGGAGGCGCUCCGGGCGGCCAGAGGAUGUACAAACAGUCGAUGGCCCAAAGAGCUCGGACCAUGGCCAUUUACAACCCCAACCCCGUCAAGCAGAACUGCCUCACUGUCAACCGCUCCCUCUUCAUCUUCCGGGAAGACAACCUCAUCCGGAAGUACGCUAAACGUAUAACGGAGUGGCCUCCAUUUGAAUACAUGAUCCUGGCAACUAUCAUCGCUAACUGCAUCGUUUUGGCCUUGGAGCAACAUCUGCCUGCCAGUGACAAGACGCCCAUGUCGGAGCGCUUGGACGACACAGAGCCCUACUUUAUCGGAAUAUUCUGUUUUGAGGCCGCCAUUAAGAUCAUCGCCCUGGGCUUCGCGUUCCACAAAGGCUCCUACCUCCGCAAUGGAUGGAACGUAAUGGACUUUGUGGUCGUUCUCACCGGAAUCUUGGCAACGGUGGGCUCCGACUUCGACCUAAGGACUCUGCGGGCGGUGAGAGUGCUACGACCCCUCAAACUUGUGUCAGGGAUCCCCAGCCUCCAAGUGGUGUUGAAGUCCAUCAUGAAGGCCAUGGUUCCCCUGCUUCAGAUCGGCCUGCUGCUUUUCUUCGCCAUCGUCAUGUUUGCCAUCAUCGGUGUGGAGUUCUACAUGGGCAAGUUCCACACCACCUGUUUCAACCUCGACACCGGUGAAAGAGCAGCAGAAUGGCCUUGUGGUCUGGAGCCUCCAGCCAGGUUGUGUCCUAACGGGACCCAAUGCAGGGAAUACUGGACUGGACCCAAUUUUGGCAUUACCAACUUCGACAACAUCCUGUUUGCUGUGCUUACGGUGUUUCAGUGCAUCACCAUGGAGGGCUGGGUUGACAUUCUCUACAGCACUAACGAUGUGGCAGGAAACACAUGGAAUUGGCUCUACUUCAUCCCGCUCAUCAUCAUCGGCUCCUUUUUCAUGCUCAACUUGGUCCUUGGUGUCCUAUCAGGAGAGUUUGCCAAAGAGAGGGAGCGUGUGGAGAAGAGACAAGAAUUCCUGAAGCUUCGACGGCAGCAACAAAUUGAAAGAGAGCUCACUGGAUACUUAGAAUGGAUCUGCAAAGCCGAGGAGGUGUUGCUGGAGGAGGAGGAUGAAAUUGCGGAGGAGAAGUCGCCGUUGGAUGGAGCGUGGUACAAGAGGAAACAAAACCUGCCAGUCCUAAAACGAAGCAAAGCUAAGAAGAGUAAAAAUGACUUGAUCGGUGCCGAGGAAGGUGAAGAUCCAUUCGCUGACAUCUCCUCCGUUGCGCCUCCCGGUUCUCCCUUUGGUCGGGCCAGCGUGAAGAGCAGCACUAAGAUGGACAGUUCGUCCUACUUUCGUCGUAAGGAGAAGAGAAUCCGAUUCUUCAUCCGGCGGAUGGUAAAAGCUCAAAGCUUCUACUGGAUUGUUCUGUGCCUGGUGGGCCUAAACACGCUCUGUGUGGCCAUAGUCCACUAUGACCAACCCGACUGGCUUACGAGGGCUUUGUACAUCACAGAGUUUGUCUUUUUGGGUUUGUUUCUGACGGAGAUGACUUUGAAGAUGUACGGCCUGGGACCAAGGAAUUACUUCCACUCCUCCUUUAACUGCUUUGAUUUUGGGGUCAUCGUGGGAAGUAUCUUUGAAGUGAUCUGGGACAUGAUCAAACCAGGUGCAUCAUUUGGUAUCAGUGUGUUGAGAGCUCUUCGACUUCUGAGGAUCUUCAAAGUAACCAAGUACUGGAACUCCCUGCGGAACUUGGUGGUUUCCCUGCUCAAUUCCAUGAAGUCAAUCAUCAGUUUGCUCUUCCUCCUCUUCCUCUUCAUUGUCGUCUUCGCUCUGCUGGGCAUGCAGCUCUUUGGAGGACAGUUCAACUUUGAAGACGAGACACCAACAACAAACUUUGAUACUUUCCCAGCAGCUAUCCUUACCGUGUUUCAGAUUUUGACCGGUGAGGACUGGAAUGCUGUGAUGUACCACGGGAUCGAGUCUCAAGGAGGUGUCCGUCGUGGAAUGUUCUCCUCCGUCUACUUCAUUGUCCUCACGCUUUUUGGAAACUAUACCCUCCUGAACGUCUUCUUGGCCAUCGCUGUUGAUAAUCUCGCAAAUGCGCAGGAGCUAACGAAGGAUGAAGAGGAGCAGGAGGAAGCGGCCAAUAAGAAGCUGGCCCUACAGAAAGCUUUGGAGGUGAAGGAAGUCAGCCCCAUGUCAGCAGCCAACAUCUCCAUUGCUGCUUUUGUAAAGCAAAAUCGAGACGCGCUCUCUCGCAGGUCGUCCAUCAACAGCAUUCAGUCACUCAAGGAGCAGCAGCGGGCGAGCAAGACCAUGUCCAUAUGGGAGCAGAGGACCAACCAACUGAGACGACACAACAUGCGAGCGAGCAGCGAGGCCUUGUUUAAUGAGCUGGACCCCGAGGAGCGCCUUCGAGUGUCCUCAGCCUUGCAUCUCCAUCCCGACAUGAAAACUCACCUGGAUCGGCCCUUAGUGGUGGAGGCCAAGAACGCCAACCCGCCCAAAGGGCGAGAAGAAGGCGAGCAAGACGACGCCGAAGACAACUCGCAUUCGCACGGCAGAAAACACCACAGACACCGCGGCAGGAACGGCAACGGUCGGGACGGAAGCGACGGCCGCCCGGCAAGACACCACACCCACCACAGCAGGAGCAAAGAUCACCACGGCAACGGCGCGCUGACCAAAGAGAGGAGAGAGGAGCGGAGCCAGAGUCGGGAUGAGGGGCAGAAACGCAGGCGCCAUCAUCAAGCUGUGUCCCCGGAAGAAGAGACCUCGGACGCGCGAGGAGGAGCAGAAGAAAGAGGGCAUCGCCAUCAUCACUCCCACCGCGUGCCCAAAGAAGGGAAUGGCGCUUUGGCCAACGGCGCACACGGAGAGCAUCGGGGUCGGGGAAGAGGAGGCGGGGGUAAUGGGGAGAGGAAAGGACGUUGCUCCCAAAUAAUCAGAGCUCCGCCUACUCUGGAUGGAGAUGAAAAUAAAAAAGAUCAAAGGGCAGUGCGGUCUGACGGUGAGGAGGAGGGUCUUGCCAUGAGUCCUCUGCAGCCAAUGCAGAGCCGGCUGAGUCUUGGAGACAAGCAGGAGGACGCAGACAACCAGAAAAACUCCACGAGAGCAAGCCAGGCCGGCCUGAACAGCAACACUAUUCACAUCCCUGUCACCAUUACUGCCCCACCUGGAGAGACCACCAUUAUUCCUAUGAACAACAUUGACUGCGACACCUUCAAAGUGAACGAGGAGAAGAAGGCUCUGGAAGAGGACGAUGGCGCUGAUAGACCUCGGCAGAUCCUCCCCUAUAGCUCCAUGUUCAUCUUUGGGCAAACGAACCCGGUGCGGCGGCUGUGUCACUACAUAGUCAACCUACGCUACUUUGAAAUGUGCAUCCUGAUGGUCAUUACCAUGAGCAGCAUCGCUCUGGCAGCCGAGGACCCCGUGCAGUCCAACGCACCGCGGAACAACGUCCUCAAGUAUUUGGAUUAUGUCUUCACUGGUGUGUUCACUUUUGAGAUGGUGAUUAAGAUGAUAGACUUAGGACUUCUCCUCCACCCUGGCUCCUAUUUCCGUGACCUGUGGAACAUUCUCGACUUUAUUGUGGUCAGUGGAGCUCUUGUGGCCUUCGCCUGCUCAGGAACAAAAGGCAAGGACAUCAACACCAUUAAGUCCCUGAGGGUCCUCCGAGUCUUGCGGCCACUUAAGACCAUUAAACGUCUUCCCAAGCUGAAGGCGGUGUUUGACUGUGUUGUGAAUUCCCUGAAGAAUGUCCUCAACAUCCUAAUCGUCUACAUCCUCUUCAUGUUCAUCUUCGCCGUCAUCGCUGUGCAGCUUUUUAAAGGAAAAUUCUUCUACUGCACUGAUGAGUCCAAAGGUUUAGAAAAAGACUGCAGGGGUCAGUUCCUGGACUACGACAAAAUGGAAAACGGACGCGACGUAGAAGCUCAGCCCAGAGAGUGGAAGAAAUACGAGUUCCACUACGACAACGUUCUUUGGGCCUUUUUAACACUCUUCACUGUCUCCACGGGAGAGGGCUGGCCUCAGGUGCUGAAGCAUUCCGUGGAUGCCACCUAUGAGGACCAGGGCCCCAGCCCGGGGUUCCGCAUGGAGACGUCCAUCUUCUACGUGGUCUACUUUGUGGUGUUCCCUUUCUUCUUCGUCAACAUAUUUGUGGCUUUGAUUAUCAUCACCUUCCAGGAGCAGGGAGACAAAGCCAUGUCUGAGUGCAGCCUGGAAAAGAAUGAGAGGGCUUGUAUCGAUUUCGCCAUAAACGCCAAGCCGUUGACAAGAUACAUGCCGGAGAACAAGCAGUCCUUCCAGUAUAAGAUGUGGAAAUUUGUGGUGUCGCCGCCGUUUGAGUAUGCCAUCAUGACUUUAAUUGCCCUCAACACGGUGGUGCUGAUGAUGAAGUUUUACGGCGCUCCAGACAUUUACGAGUCCAUGCUGAAAUACUUGAACAUCGUCUUCACUGCCCUCUUUACUCUGGAGUGCAUCCUUAAAGUCAUUGCAUUUGGUCCGCUGAACUACCUGAAAGCAGCCUGGAAUGUGUUUGACUUUGUGACAGUGCUUGGGAGCAUAACAGACAUCUUGGUAACAGAGGUAAAGGACAAGAUGAUUAACUUGAGCUUUCUGAGGCUGUUCAGGGCGGCUCGGCUCAUCAAACUGCUGCGACAAGGCUACACCAUUCGCAUUUUAUUGUGGACUUUCGUCCAGUCCUUCAAGGCCCUUCCAUACGUUUGCCUGCUCAUUGCAAUGCUCUUCUUCAUCUACGCCAUCAUUGGAAUGCAGGUUUUUGGUAACAUUGAGCUGAACGAGGAGACCGCCAUAAAUCACCACAACAACUUCCAGACCUUUUUCCAGGCUUUAACGCUUCUUUUCAGGAGUGCCACAGGUGAAGCCUGGCAUGAGAUCAUGCUCGCUUGUCUCAGUAACCGGUCAUGUGAUAAACUCUCAGGAAAUACAGGGAAGGAGUGCGGAAGUGACUUUGCCUACUUCUACUUUGUCUCCUUCAUUUUCCUUUGCUCCUUCUUGAUGUUAAAUCUUUUUGUCGCCGUCAUCAUGGAUAACUUUGAGUACCUGACCAGAGACGCCUCCAUUCUGGGCCCUCAUCACCUGGACGAGUUCAUCCGCGUUUGGGCCGAGUAUGACCCUGCUGCCUGCGGCCGCAUGCCAUAUCGUGAUAUGUACGAGAUGCUCCGAGACAUGUCCCCUCCUCUAGGUUUGGGAAAGAAAUGCCCACCCCGCAUCGCCUAUAAGCGUCUGGUGAAGAUGAACAUGCCUAUUGCGGACGACAACACCGUGCAUUUCACCUCCACGCUCAUGGCUCUGAUCCGCACUGCCUUGGAGAUCAAGCUGGCAUCCGGGGUUUUGGCACAACACGUGUGUGAUAUUGACCUGAAGAGAGAGCUAACCAGAGUGUGGCCCAACUUGUCGCAGAAGUCUAUUGACCUGCUGGUGACACCACAUAAAUACAAUGAACUGACUGUAGGGAAAGUGUAUGCAGCACACAUGAUCUUUGAUUAUUACAAGCAGAAUCGUGCCAAAAGACUCCAGCUGCAGCAUCCUUCUGGAGGACAUCAGAGUAAACUGAGCGCCUUUUUUCGUCCGUUACUUCCUCUGGGCCACACACAGGAAGUAGAACCCCCAAUACCAAGUCCCAAACAGAUCUUACCUUUUCAAGCAGAAUCAGAGACCAAGGACACGUCACCUCUGCCACCUCUCACCUCCGUCAACAAGGACACAAUGCUCGACCAGAAGAGUGCCAUCAAACACUCCCAGUCUGGUGACGUCUCCCAGGCAGCUUUGAGACCUAAAGGCCGGAGGAAACUUCAAAGAGGCCAGUCAGAAGAUGUGCCGUGCUCCACGAGGCCUCAGGUUCACCAGGAUGUGGUGUUUCUUCUUCAGGAUGCUGUUGAGAUGAAGCCGGUUGAGAACAUGUCCGACAGAGAAACAUACUCGGGUUUAGAAGGUCACGGCAGAGCUUCUUCCCUGCCUCGACUUAAUGCAGAGUUCUACCGGAGCCACUCUCGCCACGCCCCUGGGACCCACCUGGCACCGAUCGUUGACCUCAGUCCCAUAAGACGCUCCGCUUCCUCGUUGACCCCGCAGUACAAGCAGGAGGCGGGUCUGAAGGAAUACCACUUGACGCGGCCGGCGACCAGGCCCGCUCCGGGCCAGGCCCAGGACCGAGCGCAUCACCAUCACCACCACCACCGCUGCCACAGACGCAGGGACAAAGACAAAGACAAAAAGCAGAAGUCUCUGGACAGAGGGACGUCAGUGCAGCAACCGAGUGCAGUGGGCUCCUUCACCGACCCUCCAGCUGAGGGCUUGUCCAGGGAACGGGCAAGGGAGCGGGAUCGCAGUCGCCACCACGAGAGGAGACAUCACUCCUCUGCAGGGGAGCAACGCUACUACUCAGAGCGUUACAGCUGCAGGGAGACGAGCCACGCCAAGUCAGCCAGUCCAAGCCGAUCCACAUCUCCAGGAGAAGCACAGGACACUGCUGUCCUUAAACAACAUGGUAGCACCGGAGGUAAGCCUGCACCCUCUGGUUCAAGCACGCCAGGCCGCGGUCGCAGGCAGCUCCCCCAGACCCCCCUGACCCCUCGUCCCGCCGUGGCCUACAAGACCGCCCACUCCGCCCCUCUGCCGUCAGCUGCCAGCAGCGCUAUGGUUUCCCAGACUCGUGUCAGCCGUGGCCUUUCAGAACACGAGCGCUUGCACGGGGACAAUGACCCGUCCCCGGUACAGGUCACCUGCAUCGGCUCCGACCCCGAUUUAAACCUGCAGCCGCAGGGAACUUCUCACCAAGCGCUCUAUGAAGAAACCGAUGACUUCCAGGACGCCGUUAGCAGUCAACUGUUGUCACACUCAGCCAGAGCCGCCGCUUCCAACGAGAGCGCUGCUGUGCCUGUUACAGCGGCGGCCACACAAGGCCGCGCUGACGUACCCAACGGCUACCACUUCACCUUCGGGGUCAACGCCGCCUCGAACGACAGAGGAACAGGAAGCCUCAGGGAGCGGGAGGAGGAGGACUGGUGCUAACAUGCUGGGAUGGAAGACAGGUUUUUUUUUUCCUAUCCACUGAUGAGGGAGCAGCUCAACGGCGCCGCUCGGCUCAGUCCGCGUGAGCUGGUCAGAGGCCGACACGGGAAGGAAGUCGGAAAAAAGCCGGUUCAAAGUGCUGAAGAGGCUUCAGAUUCAUUCCAGUGUCCAAGUGUUACUCUCCUCAUUCAUCAGUUAUUGGCAAACAGGAAGCUUGGCUGAAUUUGCACUGAUGGCACAAUGAAGACCCUCCAGUAUUGUUGUCUGGUAGUGUUGGAGGAGACUUAAGAUCUUUAGAUCCUGUUUGAAAAGUCGUUGUAGACCCCCACAGAAUGCCCAAAUAAUAUAAUAGGGAGACGCGAAUUUGAUCCCCUGCUGGAUUAGUACAUUUACAAACAAACAGUCUAGGAUUUCUAAGUCAAGUUUGAGUCGUUCCUGUUUAUGUCGACUGAAAAAGUGUCUGCUUAAGUUGUCCCUGACAUACACUAUAUUGCCAAAAGUAUUUGGCCACCUGCCUUUACUCAUAUAUGAACUUGAAGUGCCAUCCCAUGGAAUUGUCAAAAAUGUUUUGGUAUCCUGGAGCGUUCAAAGUCCCUUUCACUAAAACUAAGGAGCCAAACGCAACUCCUGAAAAAAAAACAAAAAACAACAUAAUUCCUCCUCCACCAAAUUUCACACUCGGCACAAUUCAGGGCCUGGCACUCAGUCUCCGUUCUAAUUCAUCCCAAAAGGUGUUCUGUCGGGUUCAGGUCAGGACUCUGUGCGGGCCAGUCAAGUUCAUCCGCACCAGACUCUGUCAUCCAUGUUUUUAUGGACCUUGCACUGGUGCGCUCCAAACUGUUCCCACAAGGUUGGGAGCAUUAAUUGUCCAAAAUGUUUUGGUGUCCUGGAGAAUUCAAAGUUCCUUUCACUGGAACUAAAUGGCCAAGCCCAACUCCUGAAAAACAACCCCACACCAUAAUUCCUCUUCCACCAAUUUCACAAUGCAGUCCCAAAUGUAGCGUUCUCCUGGCAACAUCCAAACCCAGACUGGUCCAUCAGAUUGCCGGAUGGAAAAACGUGAUUCAUGACUCCAGAGAAGGCGUCUCCACUGCUCUAGAGUCCAGUGGCGACGUGCUUUACACCACUGCAUCCCACGCUUUGCAUUGGACUUGGUGAUGCAUGGCUUAGAUUCAGCUGCUCGGCCAUGGAAACUCCAUUCCGUGAAGCUCACUGCAUACUGUACGUGGGCUAUUUGGAAAGUCACAGGAAGUUUGGAGCUCUGUAGCAACUGACUGUGCAGAAAGUCUUUGCACUAUCUGCUUCAGCAUCCGUUGACCCCUCUCUGUCAGUUUAUGUGGCCUACCACAUGGUGGCUGAGUUGCUGUUGUUCCCAAACUCUUCACUUUUCUUAUGAUAACGUUGACUUUGGAAUAUUUAGGAGCGAGGAAAUUUCACGACUGGAUUCGUUGCACAGGUGGCAUCCUAUGACAGUUCCACGCUGGAAAUCACUGAGAGCGGCCCAUUCUUUCACAAAUGUUUGUAGAAACAGUCUCCAUUUAUGAGCGCUUGAUUUUAUAGUGAUUAGGACACCUGAUUCUCAUCAUUUGCAUGGGUGGCUAAAUAUUUUUGGCAAUAUAGUAUGAACGUCUCUCUGUGUGUAUGUUAGUAUUCCCGCCUCCACCCACAGAGACAAAGAGAGUGGAUGACCAAUAAGAGGCUUCACUCCAUUUCUUUCAAUCUGUUAUAGACGUUAGCAACAUAACUCAACGUGUUUUUAAUGAAACUUUCAGGAAAUGUCUGAAAUGGAAUAAGGAACAUGCGAUUCCAUUUUGGGGACGAUCCAGAUCGACGUCUGGAUUUAGGAUUUUUUUUUUCACUACGAUUCCAAGUUUCAACUAGGUUGAAGGGAAAUGGUAGAAAAAUUGUUUCACGGAAAUGGAUCGGCCAACAAUGCGUGCCUUAUUUCUCUUAACUGUUCAUAUAUUAUUCGUAAGGAUGUAAAGUCACUAACUCAGCAGAGGAUCAAAAACUUCGGAUUUUAAUGUAAUUUGUACGAAAAAAGGUCUCCUUCAUCCUAGGCUGAUUAUUUUAUGUCUUGGAACUUUCCUGCCAUCGCACCCGAUGAACACAACCAUUAACGGCUCCAACGAACAGAAACCGAGGAGUCACGUUUUUUGACCGAUUCUCGGUCCCAGCCAGAAGGGACACGGACGACUUUUACAACAAACAUGUGGCCGAUUACUAAGUGCCUCGUUUUACAAGAUGUGUGUCAUCCCGCUGCGUGGGUCGGACUGUGCCCAACAGUCAAUAGCAUGUCAGUACGUACACGUCGGAGAGAAAACAGACAACGUAAAAACCAGUUUCGACUCAAAAAAAAAAAAAAAAAAGAACAAAAAAUAUUUUUUAUAUUCUGAAUCUUGUAGUUGUAAUCCAAAAUGGAAAAUGCAAAGUCAGAAUUGUAGUGCAUGCCGAGAGUCUUGGACAUCCAAAAAUGAUAUGUGUACAUUUGACUGAAGGGUGUGUGCUCAGCAUUUGCCUUUUUCUUCGAACACACUGCCGUCCGUUGGUAGGAAAGAGUUGACGAAAGGAGACAAGUGCCAUUUUUGAAAAUAUCUGCAUCGCAUCGUGAGAAAAAGAAGUGAUCGUCACCGCUUGGUUUAAGGAGCUGCCUGAUCCGCAUCUGCGACUUUACAGUUUCGCAACAUUGAGUCUUCAACAAAUAUUCCAAAAAAACAAGAUGAGGCUAUUCCUGAAGGAAUUAUGUGUGAAUGCUCCAAUGCUGGAGUUGAACUGAAAUCCUGGAAUAGUAGAGAACACAAUUCCCAAACAGGCUGAAUAUUUAAAAGUUGGAACCGUUUGAAUCAGAUGGAAAAUGUGGGAGUUGGGGAACUUUGAAGAAUGAUAGCCAUUUAUUUCAAUGGGAAAAGCAGGAUUUUUUGGGAAAAUUGCAAAAACUUAAAUGGUCUGAAUGAGUUGAAUUUGUUGGUGUUAGAAUUUUUCAAAUCUGUCGAGAAAUGUUGAUGUAGUAACAUGUUGAAUUGAGAAAUCGUAUUACGGAAUUCCUGGAAUUUCGGGAACAUUUUUUCCAUUAGAAAAAAAAAAGUUUUUUGUGUUGAUUAGGAGGAAUGUUUGGACAGUGGAACAGUUGAAAUAUGUUUAAAAAUGUAGAAGGAGUAGUUGUCAGGAAAAAAGGGAGGAAAAAGGGCUUUGGAAAACCAGGUAUUCUGGAGCAUUCUGGAAUUUUUUGUUAACGUGGAAAAAGACUUGAAGGGUUGAAAUGGUUGGUGUUGGAAUUUUUCAAAUCGGUCGAGAAAUGUUGAAGUAGUAACAUGUUGAAUUGAGAAAUCGUAUUAUGGAAUUCCUGGAAUUUCGGGAAAAAUGAUUCCAUUUGAAAAAAAAACUUAGUUUUUUGUGUUGAUUAAGAGGAAUUUUUGGACAGUGGAACGGUUGAAAUGUGUUUAAAAAUGUGAAAGGAUUAGUCGCCAAAAAAGGGUGGAAAUCGGGCUUUGGAAAACCAAAUAUUGUGGAAAAUCCUGGAAUGUUUUUAAACUUGGAAAAAGACUUAAAGGGUUGAAAUGGUUGGUGUUGGAAUUUUUCAAAUCGGUCGAGAAAUGUUGUAGUAACAACAUGUUGAUUUGAGAAAUCGUAUUACGGAAAUCCUGGAAUUUCGGGAAAAAUGAUUCCAUUUGAAAAAACAACUUUGUUUUUUGUGCUGAUUAAGAGGAAUGUUUGGACAGUGGAACGGUUGAAAUGUGUUUAAAAAUGUGGAAGGAGUAGUCGCCAGAAAAAAAGGUUGGAAAAUCAGGCUUUGGAAAACCAGAUAUUCUAGAAAAUCCUGGAAUUUUUUAAAAAUUGGUAAAAGACUUAAAGGGUUGAAAUGGUUGGUGUUGGAAUUUUUCAAAUCGGUCGAGAAAUGUUGACGUAGUAACAUGUUGAAUUGAGAAAUCGUAUUACGGAAUUCCUGGAAUUUCGGGAAAAAUGAUUCCAUUUGGAAAAAAAACUUAUUUUUUAGUGUUGAUUAAGAGGAAUUUUUGGACAGUGGAACGGUUGAAAUUUGUUUAAAAAUGAGGAAGGAGUAGUCGCCAGAAAAAAAAGGUUAGAAAUCAGGCUUUGGAAAACCAGAUAUUCUGGAAAAUCCUGCAAUUUUUACUAACUUGGAAAAAGACUUAAAGGGUUGAAAUGGUUGGUGUUGGAAUUUUUGAAAUCGGUCGAGAAAUGUUGAUGUAGUAACAUGUUGAAUUGAGAAAUCGUAUUACGGAAUUCCUGGAAUUUCGGGAAAAAUUAUCCCAGUUCAAAAAAUAACUUUGUUUUGUUCUGAUUAAGAGGAAUGUUUGGACAGUGGAACGGUUGGAAUGUGUUUAAAAAUGUGGAAGGAGUAGUCGCCAGAAAAAAAGGGCGGAAAUCGGGCUUUGGAAAACCAGAUAUUCUGGAAAAUCCUGGAAUUUUUUUUAACUUGGAAAAAGACUUAAAGGGUUGAAAUGGUUGGUGUUGGAAUUUUUCAAAUCGGUCGAGAAAUGUCGACGUAGUAACAUGUUGAAUUGAGAAAUCGUAUUACGGAAUUCCUGGAAUUUCGGGAAAAAUGAUUCCAUUUGGAAAAAAAACUUAUUUUUUAGUGUUGAUUAAGAGGAAUUUUUGGACAGUGGAACGGUUGAAAUUUGUUUAAAAAUGAGGAAGGAGUAGUCGCCAGAAAAAAAAGGUUAGAAAUCAGGCUUUGGAAAACCAGAUAUUCUGGAAAAUCCUGCAAUUUUUAUUAACUUGGAAAAAGACUUAAAGGGUUGAAAUGGUUGGUGUUGGAAUUUUUGAAAUCGGUCGAGAAAUGUUGAUGUAGUAACAUGUUGAAUUGAGAAAUCGUAUUACGGAAUUCCUGGAAUUUCGGGAAAAAUUAUCCCAGUUCAAAAAAUAACUUUGUUUUGUUCUGAUUAAGAGGAAUGUUUGGACAGUGGAACGGUUGAAAUGUGUUUAAAAAUGUGGAAGGAGUAGUCGCCAGAAAAAAAGGGCGGAAAUCGGGCUUUGGAAAACCAGAUAUUCUGGAAAAUCCUGGAAUUUUUUUUAACUUGGAAAAAGACUUAAAGGGUUGAAAUGGUUGGUGUUGGAAUUUUUCAAAUCGGUCGAGAAAUGUCGACGUAGUAACAUGUUGAAUUGAGAAAUCGUAUUACGGAAUUCCUGGAAUUUCGGGAAAAAUGAUUCCAUUUGGAAAAAAAACUUAUUUUUUAGUGUUGAUUAAGAGGAAUUUUUGGACAGUGGAACGGUUGAAAUUUGUUUAAAAAUGAGGAAGGAGUAGUCGCCAGAAAAAAAGGGUGGAAAUUGGGCUUUGGAAAACCAGAUAUUCUGGAAAAUCCUGGAAUUUUUUUUAACUUGGAAAAAGACUUAAAGGGUUGAAAUGGUUGGUGUUGGAAUGUUUCCAAUCGGUCGAGAAAUGUUGAAGUAGUAACAUGUUAAAUUGAGAAAUCGUAUUACGGAAUUCCUGGAAUUUCGGGAAAAAUUAUCCGAGUUCAAAAAACUAUUUAGUUUUUUGUGCUGAUUAAGAGGAAUGUUUGGACAGUGGAACGGUUGAAAUGUGUUUAAAAAUGUGGAAGGAGUAGUCGCCAGAAAAAAGGUUGGAAAUCGAGCUUUGGAAAACCAGAUAUUCUGAAAAAUCCUGGAAUUUUUUUGGAACUUAGAAAAAACGUAUAAUUAGUUGAAAUAAUUGGUGCUGGAAUUUUUCAGCAUUUUCGAGAAAUGUUGAAGUAGUAACAUGUAUGUUGAGAAAUGCUAUUACAGAAAUCUUAGAAUUUGGGGGAAACAGAGAAUUUUUCCAGUAUUAAAAAACAACUUUGUUUUUUGUCCUGAUUACGAAGAUGGUUUUGACGCUGAAACGGUUGAAAUGCGUUGAAAAAUGUGGAAGGAGUAAUCGCCAAGAAAAACGGUGGAAAUGGGGCUUUGGAAAACAAAGAAUUCUGAAAAAUCCUGGAAUUUUUCGGAACAUGGAAAAAACUUAAAAUGAGUUGAAAUGGUUGGUGUUGGAAUUUUUGAAAUCAGUCGAGAAAUGUUGAAAAAGUAACAUGUUGAUUUGAGAAAUAGUUUUACGGAAUGCCUGGAAUUUUGGGAAGACCAGGAAUUUUUCCAGUUGAAAAAACGACGUUGCUUUUUUUCCUGAUUAAGAGGAUGUUUUAACGGUAGAACGGUUGAAAUGCAUUGACGAAUGUGGAGGAAGUAGUCGACAGAAAAAAGGUUGGAAAUUGGACUUUGAAAAACAAGGAAUUCUGGAAAUCCUGGAAGUUUUUGGCACUUGGAAAAAACUUAAAUUGAAUUAAAAUGGUUGGUUUUGGAAUUUUUCAAAUCGGAUGAGAAAUAAUUAACUAUUAAAUGUUGAAUUGAGAAAUGAUACUAAGGAAUUCCUGGAAUUUCGGGAAAACCGAGAAUUUUUCCAGUUCAAAAAACAACUUUGUUUUUUGUGAUGAUUAAGAGGAAUUUUUGGACAGUGGAACGGUUUAAAUGCGUUGAAAAAUGUGGAAGGAGUAGUCGCCAGAAAAAAGGGUGGAAAUGGGGCUUUGGAAAACCAGGAAUUCUGUAAAAUCCUGGAAUUUUUUGGAACUUGGGAAAAACUUAAAAUGUGUUGAAAUGGUUGGUGUUGGAAUUUUUCAAAUCGGUCGAGAAAAGUUAAUGUAGUAACAUGUCGAUUUGAAAAAUGGUUUUACGGAAUUUGGGGAAAACCGGGAAUUUUACGGUACAACGGUUGAAAUGCGUUGAAAAAUGUGGAAGGAGUAGUUGACGGAAAAAAGGGUGGAAAUAGUGCUUUGGAAAAAUAGGAAUUCUGGAAAAUCCUGGAAUUUUUCGGAACUUGGAAAAUAAUUAAAAUUGUGUUGAAAUGGUUGGUGUUGGAAUGUUCCAAAUCGGUCGAGAAAUGUUGAAAUAGUAACAUGUUGAUUUGAGAAAUGGUAUUACGGAAUUCCUGGAAUUUUGGGAAGACCGGGAAUGUUUCCAGUUAAAAAAACAACGUUGUUUUUAGUCCUGAUUAAGAGGAAUGUUUUGACGGUAUAACGGUUUAAAUGCGUUGAAAAAUGUGGAAAGAAUAGUCGCCAGAAAAAAGGGUGGAAAUGGGGCUUUGGAAAACCAAGAAUUCUUUAAAAUCCUAGAAUUUUUCGGAACUUGGAAAAAACUUAAAAUGAGUUGAAAUGGUUGGUGUUGGAAUUUUUCAAAUCGGUCGAGAAAAGUUAAAGUAGUAACAUGUCGAUUUGAAAAAUGGUAUUACGGAAUUUGGGGAAAACCGGGAAUUUUACGGCACAACGGUUGAAAUGCGUUGAAAAAUGUGGAAGGAGUAGUCGACGGAAAUAAAAGGGUGGAGAUAGGGCUUUGGAAAACUAGGAAUUCUGGAAAAUCCUGGAAUUUUUCGGAACUUGGAAAAUAAUUAAAAUUGUGUUGAAAUGGUUAGUGUUGGACUUUUCCAAAUCGGUCGAGAAAUGUUGAAAUAGUAACAUGUUGAUUUGAGAAAUGGUAUUACGGAAUUCCUGGAAUUUUGGGAAGACCGGGAAUGUUUCCAGUUAAAAAAAACGACAUAGCUUUUAGUACUGAUUAAGAGGAAUGUUUUGACGGUAGAACCCCGGAGUAGUCGACAGAAAAAAGGGUGGAAUUUGGACUUUGGAAAACUAGGAAUUCUAAAAAUCCUCGAAGUUUUUGGAACUUGGAAAAAACUUAAGUUGAGUUGAAAUGGUUGGUGUUGGAAUUUUUCAAAUCGGUUGAGAAAUAAUGAACUAUUAACAUGUUGAAUUGAGAAAUAAUACUAAAGGAAUUUCGGGAAAACCGGGAAUUUUUCCAGUUAAAAAAACAACUUUGUUUUUUCUCCUGAUUAAGAGGAAUUUUUGACUGUAGAAUGGUUGAAAUGCGUUGAAAAAUGUGGAAAGAGUAGCCGCUAGAAAAAAGGUUGAAAAUAGGACUUUGGAAAACCAGGAAUUUUGUAAAAUCCUGGAAUUUUUGGGAAAUUGGAAAAAAAUGGUUGUUUAAUUUCCAUUAAGGUGGAAUAAGUUGAUGGUUUGAAUUGGUUGAAAAAUGUGGAAAUGGUGGAAGUAUGAAAAAUGGCCAGUUCAAUUUUGAAUGGGGAAAAAUGUCCUGGAAAACCUGGAAUUCUGCGAAGUCUGGUAAUUUUUGAAAUUUGUCAAGGGAAAGCCCGCCAUUCCCGAAUAGGCUGAACAGUUUGAGGUUGGAACGGUUUGAAUCGGGUGAAAAAUGUGGAAGGUAGAGAGCUCCAAACUCUGGAGAAGAAGUAUAAGUUGAAUAAAUAGAUGAAUUUUGGUGUAGAAAAACCAUAUGUGUGAAUGCCUUGGAGCAUUCACACAAUAACAAUGAAUGAAAUAUGGAGCACUUCAAUUAUGAAUAUGAAAAGCAAUUGUAAAUAUGUCAAUUCAAAGAAACAAUGUGGAUGGAUAAACUUUAUUUUUGAAUUUGACAAUGUAGUUUUGGAUCGCAGUGGUACCUCAACUUAAGAGUGUUUUUAAGCAGGUAGUCUCUUGGCUAAUUGGUAUGCACGAUUUGAGUUAUCAGCAUCAAAGCCAGGGGCUUACAUUGGCUGAAGCCCACGGGCCCCGACCCAAUGCGAUGAUUAGUGUUCACAGCUGUCAAUCACAGACUGCUAAGCUUUGUUUAGAGACCGUGUACUCUCUUUCUCGCCUGUGUCGGGGUUUUUUUCCUGGGAGCCUCUAUUACACUAUUCAUGAACAAAAUUACUAUUAGAACAGAUGAUAUUUUUUUUUAUACGUUUGCUAUGUUGAGUAAAAUCAUGAUUUUUUUUUUUUUUUUUAAUGUGUUUUUUUUUUUUUUGGAGGCGGGCGAGUGUUGUUGAGUUUUUUUUGUGGGGGACCCCCCCGAAGUCCCUCAGCCCCGGGAUGAUCCCAGCUAUCUAUGUUGCUGUUCUGUUGAGUGAAAUCAUGAUUUUUUUUUCUUUUUGGAGGCGGGCGGGUGUUGUUGAGGUUUUUUUGUGGGGGGGGGGCCCUAAACUCCCUCAGCUGAUCCCAGCCAUUAGUUGCUGUGGCAAAUGUCACAGUGAACCUGUAUCAUCCGACCAACACAUCCCAUCUGACUUGCUAGCAUUAGCUUGUAGCUACUGUAAAGAUUGAUAUUAAUACGUAUAUAAGGUUUUUCCAAGCGUGGGAAGGGAGUGUUUGGGGUUAAUAUCUCUGUCACAGAACCAAUUAAUCUCCUAAAUUGAGGUACUACUACGUAUCAGGUUAUCAGUCGAUCAAUCCGUCAAGUGGCAUGCGCUGACGGAUUGGGCAGCUCAGUAAAUUGGUCAGUGACGGUGGGUAUCGCAAGUUCCUAAGCAAUGUUGAUGUAUUCUUUCAAGAAAUAUGCAUUUAUUUUGAAUUACUGGGUAAAUUUGAGAUAUAACACCCAAAAUAUGAAUCAAUGUUGUAGAGGGCAUUACUUCUUUUUUGCUUGUGGAGCUCCGGGUUAUGGUGUGCAUGGGUGCACACCCAAAACAAAGCUCCCAUUUCCAGAACCGUGAUACGUUUCCACCAAAAUGAUAGUUGUGUCUGCUUUCGUGUCACUGAAGUGUGAAUAUAUAACAUGCAUGAAAAGUCUUCUACGGGUUUUUCCGUCUGGCUUUUAUCCUUUACACAUUCUAGACCUUGUUCUAGAGUUAGCACCCAAGGGGGAACAUUCACGACGAGCGCCAAGUUUCUCUCGUGAGCCAACACACACACACACACACACAAGUCAUGUUUGUGUAUCAGUCUGACUGUUAAAUCAUCACCAGUAUCACUUUACACCCCUGGAAGUGGACUUCAAAAUGUCUGCAUGAAGUUCUGGCUCAAGCUUAUCAUGUUUGGCUUUUGACUCCAGUGCUUUAUCGUCAUUUUCUGACCUCAGGCUGAGACUUGUCAUGAUGCCGUUAUUAAUGUUAUUAUUAGCAUCCAACACACUUUCCUAAGAUUGACUCAUUUGUUUUGGACGCUGUGUGGUGCAUGAUGGGACAUUUUGACCGUUUUCCAAAAUCCCUCCAUGAAUACUAACUUGUUUUGCAAACAGUUGUGACCAAACUGCUAUCACAGACUGUCAGGUUUAAACACUGAUGAUAUCUAUUAAACAAGACAAGAAGCAAGGAAUUAAACAGACACAAUUAAUUUUGGCUGAAUUGAGAAGAAACGCGUAGACACUGUCCUCCCACGCGCUCACGAAAUAUUUAUUUGGACUUUCCCUGAUUACAUGGGAACAGCUGUUUCUAAGGGAAGGAGGUCGUAAACAGCCAAUGCCCUCGGUCACAAAACAGUUAAAAGAAAAGGUGCCCGGAGGGAGGUCCGGCCCUUCCUUCUUUGCGCUUUGUAGAUCUCGGGUAAAGACAAAAUCUUCCUGUGGAUUACCAUACAUCAAAGAAACCGACACCCUCAUGUCGCUCCCCAUCCUACACAGUAGAGUUUUGCUUGGUAGGAUGAAAGACAGCUUUUGUCUUCUCGCAGGGCGAGCUGAAGUCAAUGUAGCACACAGUUUUGUGAUAACUUAGAUACAAAUAUUCUGACACAGACAAACUGACUUGAUUAGUUUGAUAAACUAGUGUCCUAGACCGCCUUCACACUGGAACACGUAUAGGUCGACAACCCUUCCAGAUGGUAAAUCUAAAUGUUAAAUUUGAAUGGUAUGUAUACAUAUGUUAAAUCUAAAUUCUAAAUCUAAACCUGACACCAUUCCAGCUUUAACACUAAAUCUAAAUGUUCAAGCAAAAUCUAACCUUAAAUAUAAAUCUUAUAAAUACAAAUCUACAUGUUCAAUCUAAAUCUAUAUGCUAAAUUCAAAUGGAAAUGUUAAAUAAUAAUCUAAAUUAUAAAACUAAAUAUGAAUGCAAAAUCUAAAUGAUGCAUGUAAAUGUUGAAUCUAAAUAAAAAUCAUAAUGUUAAAUCCGAAUCCUAAAUAAAAAUGUUGAAUCCAAAUCUCAAUGUAAAUCCCAAGCUUAAUGGAAAUAAAAAUGGUAAAUUUGAAUCUAAAUGUUAAAUUUAAGUUAAAAAUAUUUUAGAUACAAAUCUAAAUGUAAAUCCAAAGCAAAAUGUAAAUGCUAAAUCAAGAUGUUAAUUUGAUAUCUAAAUGUUUAACGUAAAUAAAAAAAAAGUGUUAAAUACAAAUCUGAAUGUUAAUCCAAAUCUAAAUGUUAAAUCUUACUUGUUAAUCAAAUGCUAAAUCUAAACUUGAGAUUAAAGCCUUAAUGCUAAAUCUAAAUGUUCAAUCAAAAUCUAAACUUAAAUAUAAAUGUUGAAUGUAAACAUAAAUCAUAAUGUUAAAUCCAAAUCCAAAAUGAAAAUGUUGAAUCUAAAAGGAAAAGGAAAAUCCAAAUCAAAAUGUUGAAUCCAAAUCUCAAUGUAAAUCCAAUCAGUAUGUUAAAUUUAAAUCUAAAUGUUAAAUUUAAGUUAAAAAAAACUAUAAGUUAAAUACAAAUCUAAAUGUAAAUCCAAAUGUGUAUUGCUUAAUCUAGAUGUUCAAUCAAAAUCUAAACUUUAUUAUAUAAGUCUUAGAAAUAUCUGUGUCUGUGCACCGGUCUCCCCAACUUUAAAAGAUUCCACGCACAGGACUUUGACUUUGACUUGACUUAACAUAGGUCAAGUACAUAAGACUAAUUGUGCAACCCUCUUCCCUGGUUAGAAUUGUUUUUCAAGAAAAGUGUCAAAUGCAUACAAAAGGAUUAAAACAAGCACAAAAUAAAAACACAUUGAAAAUAAUUGGCCCCAUUGGUGCGUACUACACCCAGUUCUAGUGCUCUCACUUCUGGAAGUCCUUAAACCAGAAGGGAACUUUCACAGAACUUACCUUCCAAGCUUCACCGGAGGACCCAAAGAUCUUCUUUGGCGACUUGACUUUUCCAGUCAUCCCCUUUUUAGCAAUUUACAGAUUACAAACAUUUAAUUUUGUUUUUUUUUGUUUCAUAAACAAAUUGCGCAUGUACCAAAACAUGCUCCAAGUCGGGUUGUCAACUUAAACGGGUUCCACUGUGUUUAUUGUGUAGCUACUACCGUAUUUCCUUGAAUUGCCGCCGGGGUACUAAUUAAUUUAAAACCUCUUCUCACUCCGGCGCUUACCAAAGGCAUGCGGUAAAUUUAGGCCUGCGCUUAUAUAUUUGAGUGUUAUGUAAGGAUACCAUCAUGAAAAAAACGUUAUUAUGGUCUUGCCUUUACUUAUAAAUGAAGUCCAUUCGCAGCUCCUUCUGAUCAAAAGCAUCGAUAACUUGUUUAUAGAAGUCUUCCUUAUCUUUCUUCAGUUUUAAAAGUCUCUCUGUCUAAAUGGAGAUCUUCCUUUAUUACCUCCUGCUUCGAUUGAAAGUCCAGUUUAGAAAACUGUUUUAUUUUAGAUAUGUAAUCUUCCAUGUUAAAAGUGCAAGCGAGAGGAGAAAAUAAACGAUCGCUGCUCACUCUU